AUGUCUUCUUCUUCUUUGGGCAUUAUUAAUGAUGCCUGCACCAGCUUUGAUAACAACGGACAAGGCAAACUUUUGCCGAGAAAAAAAAAUGAUAAAUACAGUUCAACAUACGUACAACACAAUCGCUUAUCAAGAUAUACCACCGCACUUGCUAAUUGUGUACCUGUGAGGUUUAAAAAAAUUCCAGGAUCGCAAAUUCCUUUGGAUAAAAUUGGAUUGCUGUCAAGUGUUUCUUUCAGUUGGAUUAAUGAAUAUAUUAAAGUCGGGUAUAAAAAUGGAUUACGUGAUAAACCAUUGCCUAGUAUAUCAACACAAGAAUCAUGCCAAGUUAAUGGAUCCAGGAUAGACACAUUAUGGCACAACCAUGUAGUAGAGCGAGGACAAGCGGGCGCAUCAGUACCAAGAAUUGCAUGGCAUUUUGUAAAAACUCGAGUACUUGUCAGUUCAUUCAUAUACUUCUUAGGAAUGUUAAUAGCGCUCACCAGUCCGAUAAUUGUGUUGCAAAAAAUAAUAAGAGCAACCGAGGAUCGAGUGAACAUGACUAGUACACUAGACAAAAAUACAACCACAAGCAUAAACUCCACAAGCGCCAACAAUACUUUCAGAAACAUAUCUAAAAAUUUCAAACAUGAAAUAAUAAUGGACCAAGUGAUAAUUUUUAGUCAUAUUGGUAUAUUAAUAUCAGCUGAAAUUGUUUCUUAUUUUUUAAUUGCAUGGAGCGCUUCAUUAAAUCUUAGAACAGCAACGCGGCUAAGAUCUGCUUGUUUGACUUUAGCAUACAAAAAACUUAUAAAAUCGUCAAUUCGAUUCAACGCUCCAGUUCAUCAGGUA